CGCUGCUCACUGGGUGAAUAAAUUAUAAAUACCCCUCUUUCUACAUCUACGGCCGUCUGGCUCCCAACGUCACCCACGACUCCGUAUGCUUCCUCACCUGCUCCGGCGAUGCAUCGUCGCCUCUCUCGUCACUCCCAACAGCCGCCUCCUCCCCCUCCGCUCCCUCUACUCUGCCUCCGAUUCUCCAUCCCUUGCUUCCUCGCCGCUCUCCGCCAUCUCUAGACAUCGCACGCGCCGCCCUUCUCGACCGAUCCCAAAAGCCGACCCCGCCGUGCCAGAUCUCACGCGUACGGAUCUAUUGCCGACCCUCUCCACAGAAGAAGGCCACCGAGAUGACGCUGCCACCGUCGCCCGACUCCUCCGGACGGCCACUGAUUCCUCCCAACUGGAAUCUCUUCUGCUCCACUCCGGCGUUGCCCCUUCGGCCCCCAUCCUUUCCUCCAUACUCGGCUCCGGCGACCUUUCUUCCAACGCCAUCCUCGCUCUCUACCGUUGGGCUACCCCCCAACUUGCCUCUCCUCUCCUUGUCACCUUCAUAGAUCGCCUCGGCAAGUCCCGGGCUUUCGACUCCGCCUGGUCUCUUCUCCUUCACCACGCUCCUCUCCCUCUUUCAGCCUUUUCUUCCCUCUUCCGACGCUACGCCCGCGCCGGAAUGCCCUCCGCUGCCAUCCGCACCUUCUAUUACACCCGGCGCCACCCAGAAGCCGUUUCCGCAGAAGAUGGCGCCUCGGAUCCCUUUGAGCUCCUCAUCGACGCCCUUUGCAAGGAAGGCCACACAAAGGUAGCUGCGGAAUUGCUUGAUCGCACUAGACAGGACGCCACUGCACCCCCUUCAGUUCGUGUUUACAAUAUGCUGCUCCAUGGCUGGUUCCGAUCUCGGAAACUGCGCAAAUCCGAGAAGCUGUGGGAUCAGAUGAGAGAAGAGGGAGUUUCUCCCACGGUCGUCACCUAUGGAACACUCAUAGAGGGGCUGUGCCGCAUGCGCCGCCCAGAACAGGCCCUCACCCUACUGGAAGAGAUGAAGACUGCUGGGAUUCAGGCCAACCCUCUUACGUGCAAUCCGAUCAUUGAUGCAUUAUCCGAGGAUGGUAGAUUCAAAGAGGCUCUUGGGAUGCUUGAAAAGUUCCCUCUCUAUGGUGUUUCUCCCAACAUCUACACAUUUAAUUCCCUGGUGAAGGGUUUUUGCAAGCGUCGGGACCUUGCUGGCGCCAGCAAAAUCCUGAAGAUGAUGAUAGAAAGGGGCAUUAUUCCAUCUUCGACCACUUACAAUUAUUUUUUCAGGUUUUUCUCCAAGUUUGGAAAAAUUGAAGAAGGCAUGAACCUCUACACCAAGAUGAUUCAUUCGGGAUACUCUCCAGAUCGACUCACAUACCAGCUAUUGAUUAAAAUGCUGUGUGAGAAAGAGAGACUAGAGCUGGCCGUACAGCUGAUAAAGGAGAUGAAUAAAAAUGGUUUUGAUCAAGACUUAGAUACGAGUACCAUGUUGGUGCAUUUACUAUGUCGAAUGCGUAGGCUUGAGGAGGCAUCUUUGGAAUUUGAGAGUAUGAUCAAAAGAGGGAUUGUGCCGCAAUAUAUUACUUAUCGGAUUCUUGUGAGAGGACUUAAGAGGUUGGGAAUGGCUGAAGUGGAAAUAAAUGUUAGCAAUCAGAUGAACUCAGUGAUUCGCUCUACAAAGCUGCCAGAUACUUUUUGUGAAAGGGAGAAGGAUGAUGUUGCUGAGCGCAGAAAAUCCAUCUUGAGGAAGGCUGAGGUGAUGUCGGAUGUUUUAAAAACACGUAAAGACUCAAAGAAGUCACAAAAAUGGAAGAGCUCAAAUGAGACACAAAAAUGGAAGAGCUCAAAUGAGAUUGCUGAGGUUAGAGCAAGUAAAUUGAUAACCGAAAUUAGAAGAAGAGUUCAUGCUGAGCAAAGUUGUGCCACAUUUGACUGCUCAUAAAGCGCUAAAGUUUGAUAAUGAGGAUUAUCAAUUUGCUAUUACAUGGAGUUCUCUAGAAGCCGUGCAAUUGAAUGCUUUGGAGUUCAGACUUGAUUCAUGUGGACUUGUUGGCCAGGUUCAUUAUCUGAAGCAUCUCUCCGCGAUCAAACUCGCCAUUCUUCCCUAGGGUUCUAUGAAGAAGUUGAUAUACUUUAUCCAGAUCAAGUUGAAGAGUGAGUGAAAAUGAUUCUUGAAUUCUGGUAAGUUUGGCUGUGUUUAUCAGCUUCAGAAGAGAUCAUUAUCCCAAGAAACUUGCUCGAGAGGGAUGCCCUGUAUCAAUGGAGGCCUUUGUUGUUUGGUUACUAACACAUUAUUAUUGUUGUUGUUGUUGUUGUUGUUAUCUUUUAUUCAGAACAGAAUAAGGGAAGAGGUAUGUAGAAAACUUUUCAAAUGCAUGUAAUUAUCUAGUGGGUUCAAAUCACAGAAAUAACUUUUUGCAAUGCAAGAUAAGUCUGUGUAUAAUAGACCUAAUGUGAUUUGACUUUUCUCUAGGACC